CAGCUCGGAGCUGCGCGUCUGCCAGUGUGCACCAGCGAAGCGAGAGGAGCGCUUGUUGGAGUCAACUAGACAGCCUACUGGCAACGAGUGGUGAUUUCUUUUUUUCCAUCCCUCUCUCUGCCUCAGUCAGGCUGGAUAUAGGCUACUGUGCUUCAGUUUCUCUGCAGCCACACAUGAGAUGCGUUUUGAACGUACAGUAAGCUCUGGCAUCGCCUCAUCCCAACUGGCUGCAUUUUCAGCGGAUUUCUUUUUGUGCGCCUGGACUAUUGACUGGGAUCUGUUUUAGCCUUUCCAAGUGAGAUGCGAGGGAAUUAAUUAGGAAGUGAAAGCUUGAAGACUUGAGGAAGGGGUUGGAGGAAGGGAUAAAUCUGCUGGAAAUGAAAAGGUAAUCGGGAGUUUGAGUGAUGUGAUGAGACAUUCCUUCAACUGCACCCCUUUUACGCAAAAAGAUAUCCGGACUGUUGAACAUUUCCUUGCUUGAAGAUCUUCUUUUUUUAUUGAGAUGCGAGGAUUUUUUUAAAUUGCUGCUUCUAAUUAAAAAGAGUGAUUAUUUUUAUCCAAAAAAAGGGACGACCUGAAUAUCGACCCCCUGUCAGGUCGGGGCGGUGAAAUUCACACAGACUUUUCAGCUACAUCACUCCAUCUGCGCGAAAGAUCAAGAUUUCUGCGGACUUGAGUCUCUGCAGCAUUUUUUUCUCCUCCCUUUUGCUCUCUUAAAAAACAUGGACACUUUAACAUAUGAAUCGUGCGUAAGAUUAGUUUUCUGCUCUUUGAGAGCUGCGCGGAUUUCCACGGCUAAAUCCCAACUGUAAGAAGAUUCAGCAUGUUUUUACUAUUCUGUCGCGCUCAGUGUUUCUCCCGCUGCAGCAGACCGGAGGAUGUGCUCUGCCUGAGAAGAAUCAAAUAGGUACUUGUUAGAAUUAGAGCUCAUUGACUACAUAUAGAAGAGACAUUCAAUCAAACUUAGUUUUUUUAAAGAGAUGAUUUAUCUGCGCGUUUUUUUCUCCUAUUUUUGACGCGCAUCCUUGUGCGUAAUUCUUCAGAAAAACUCAACAGGUUCAACAGCAAGCCCUGGAGAUGGAAUUAAUACAACUAGCCUCCGUUUUCCUUUUAUUCUGGGUCGGAACUGAGGCUGUUAUCAACCUGAAAUAUGGAAUAAACGAGGAGAUGAAGCCCGGGUCGGUGAUUGGGAACGUUACGAGGGACGCGCUCAAGCAGGAAUUUCAGAUUGCGCCGCAGCCUCCUUACUUGAGGGUUAUUUCCAACUCAGAACCGCGAUGGGUGGAACUCAGUCCGGCCGGGAUACUUACAACCCAGAUGAAGAUAGAUCGGGAUGUAGUUUGCAGACAGAACCCGAAGUGCAUUGUUUCCCUAGAAGUGAUGUCAAACUCCAUGGAGAUUUGCGUAAUCAAAGUUGAAAUCGAGGAUUUGAACGACAACGCGCCCCGGUUCCCAACGAGCCACAUUGACAUAGAAAUUUCCGAGAACGCGUCCCCUGGUACCAGGUUUCCCCUAGAGGGUGCGAGCGAUCCGGACUCGGGGAUCUUUGGAGUGCAGUCCUAUUCCAUCACCCCAAACGAGCUUUUCGGACUAGAAAUAAAAACUAGAGGGGACGGAUCCAAGAUCGCAGAGCUUGUUGUGCAGAAAUCUUUAGACAGAGAGACCCAGUCCCACUAUACGUAUGAAAUCAGCGCAGAGGACGGAGGAGACCCUCCGAAGAUAGGCGCGGUCCAGUUAAACAUUAAAGUGAUAGAUUCUAAUGACAACAACCCCGUUUUUGACGAGCCGGUUUACACGGUGAAUGUGAUGGAGAACUCCCCCGUCAACACAUUAGUCAUAGACCUGAACGCCACUGAUCCUGACGAGGGCACUAAUGGAGAGGUUGUGUACUCGUUCAACAGUUACGUCACCGAGAAAACGAGGGAGGCUUUCAAAAUUGACCCCAGGACGGGGAUCAUCACCGUCAACGGCGUGUUGGAUUACGAGACCACGCAGAUCUAUGAGAUCGACGUCCAGGCCAAAGAUCUGGGUCCCAACUCCAUCCCGGCUCACUGCAAAGUCACAGUGAACGUGAUGGACACGAACGACAACCCACCUGUGAUCAGCCUGCUCUCUCUGAACACGGAGAUGGUGGAAGUGAGUGAGAACGCGCAGCGUGGGUAUGUGAUUGCGCUGGUGAGGGUGUCAGAUAAGGACUCGGGGGCCAACGGGAAAGUGAAGUGCACCCUGCAGGGCAAUGUUCCCUUCAGGCUGCAAGAGUAUGAGAGCUUCUCCACCAUUCUGGUCGACGGGAGGCUGGACAGAGAGCAGAAGGACACCUUCAACCUGACCAUCCAGGCAGAGGACAGCGGCAUCCCUCAGCUACGUGCCACCAAAUCUCUGGUGGUCAAAGUCACAGAUGAGAAUGACAAUCCGCCACACUUCCUAAAGCCACACUAUCAAGAGAUGGUGAUGGAGAACAACCUCCCAGGUUCCUGUCUGCUGGCUGUGUCAGCAGAGGACCCAGACCUGGGCAUGAACGGCACAGUCUCCUACUCUAUAGUCCCUGGUGAGAUUAAGCACAUGGAUGUAAACACAUACGUGAGCAUAAACCCAUCAGGCCGCAUUUACUCCAUGAGAUCGUUUGAUCAUGAAUACACCAGGACUUUUGACUUCAAAGUUCUGGCAAGAGACAAUGGCAACCCGUCCUUGUCCAGCAACGCCACAGUUCGCAUUGUGGUGCUGGACGUCAACGACAACACGCCUGUGAUGACAAACCCUCCGCUGGUCAACGGUACAGCGGAGGUCUCCAUCCCGAGGAAUGCCGGGGUGGGGUACAUGGUGACCCAGGUGAAAGCUGAUGACUAUGAUGAAGGGGAGAACGGGCGGCUGACCUACACCAUCUCAGAGGGCGAUAGGGCCUUCUUUGAGAUCGACCAGGUGAAUGGAGAGGUGCGCUCCACCAGGAUGUUUGGGGAGAACGCCAAGUCCACCUAUGAGAUCACAGUGGUGGCGAGGGACCAUGGCAAACCCUCCCUCUCUGCCUCGGCCUACAUCGUGGUGUACCUCUCUCCGGAUCUGAACGCCCAAGAGACCAUCGGACCCGUCAACCUGUCCCUCAUAUUCAUCAUCGCCCUGGGCUCCAUUGCGGCCAUCCUCUUCAUCACCAUGAUCUUUGUGGCGGUCAAAUGCAAAAGGGACAACAAGGAGAUCCGGACAUACAACUGCAGUUUCUUCUACUUGCGCAGGGUGGCGGAGUACUCCUAUGGCAACCAGAAAAAAUCCAGCAAGAAGAAGAAGCUGAGCAAGAACGACAUCCGCCUGGUGCCGCGAGACGUCGAGGAGACAGACAAGAUGAAUGUGGUGAGUUGCUCAUCUCUCACCUCCUCGCUCAACUACUUCGACUACCACCAGCAGAGCCUGCCACUGGGCUGCAGGCGCUCCGAGAGCACCUUCCUCAACGUGGAGAACCAGAACUCACGCAAUGCGGCCCCCAACCACGGCUAUCAGCACUCGUUCACAGGGCAGGGUCACCAGCAGCCAGACCUCAUCAUCAACGGCAUGCCACUGCCAGAGACGGAGAAUUAUUCCAUUGAUUCCAGUUAUGUGAACAGCAGAGCCCACCUCAUUAAAAGGCCCCCAUGUAGCACAUCAACGUUCAAGGACCUGGAGGGCAACAGCCUGAAGGACAGCGGCCACGAGGAGAGCGACCAGACCGACAGCGAACAUGACGUCCAGAGAGGACACUAUGUUGACACGGCUGUCAAUGACAUGCUGAACAUGACCGUCCCCCCCAAUGUUUGCCAGCUGCCAGACCAAGAUCCUGGAGAGGGAUUCCACUGCCAGGACGAGUGCCGCAUACUGGGCCACUCUGACCGCUGCUGGAUGCCUCGGGUUUCGGUCCCAGCACGCGCCAAGUCACCCGAGCACGCUCGCAACGUCAUCGCUUUGUCCAUCGAGGCCACCACGGUGGACGUGCCGCAUUACGAGGACGGCACAAUCAAGAGGACUUUUGCCACCUUUGGCAAGGAUGGGCCAGAGGAUGUUGAACGGGGAGAGUUGAAGGGAAAGCGGACUCAGGAGUCUCAGGUGUGUAGCCCCAAGGCCAACGGAGGGGCUGUUCGUGAAGCUGGCAACGGGCGUGAGGCCGCCAGCCCCAUCACUUCCCCCGUGCACCUGAAGAGCCCAAUGUCCAAGGCGUCAUCUUCCUACAAUACACUGAAAUGUCGUGACGCAGAGCGGAUCGCAAACCACAGCCUGCUGCGGCAGCCUGAGGGGAAGGACAGUGAGCCGGCCGUCAGGGAGAUCAACACGCUUCUGCACGACGGCCGGGACAAGGAGUCCCCCAGCAGCAAGCGCCUGAAGGACAUUGUGCUUUAGCAAGCAUCUUGGCGACACUCCAACAUGCACACACAUAUACAGUGUAAACUCACAUAUAUAUAUUUACUCCACGGUAGCUGUGUGUACACAGCCAUGCUGUGGAAGUGUAGAGACACACCCAUUUGCAGAAUCCAAAACUCCAGAACCAGCUUGGGCUGCUGAUGAUGAACUGUAGUCUGCUGCAGAUAGUUGUGUGCUCAAGCCCAGGUAGUGGAUGUGGCUUUGUCGUAGUCGCAGUACUUUUUCCUCGUUUGCUUUUGUUUGGUUUUUCUUUCAGUCUGCAUUAAGUAAACAGGCAGGUUACUGUUGACUGCAUGGACGCGGCCAGUGGAGCUCCUCCAGCCCUCGAGCCAAAGCAGGACACUACAUGUUUGGACGCAUGAGGUGCCAAUUCCUACGUACAGUUAUGCCUUUUGAACUACUUUUGUAUGACUAAAAUGACAUUUGCCUUUUUUGGUUUUGCAGUGUGUUUUAGCUGCUAAAAUCGCUCCUUGUUCCUUUGUAUAGUGAGCUCUGACACUGUAAUAAACAACCACAGAUACACGCGCAAGAUUCACCCAAACACAUGUUGCUCAUUGGCUCCUUCAUGGUGCAUUCAGGAGCAGGAUCAAGAGUCCUCUCAGUCUCGUUUGUCUUCUGCCUGGCUGAUAAGAGAAAACUUCUGCUUUUUCCCCUGAGGACAACCUGGUAUCAUCAGACUGUGAGGUCUUUAAAGUAUUUAUAUUUUAUCACGGAUGGAGCUAAAUGAACUCCUGCUAUCUGCCAAGCCUCUCUGAACGCUGGAAGUGGGACAGACCAAUCUUUGUGUUCAGAACAAGUUGUAUGAACAAAUUAAAUACUUUAAUGCUUUUGAAAUCUCCUGUGCCCAACCUUGAUUGUAGCCAGUGGAGCACAAAUUAGAGCCUUGUGCUUUUGGUCUUGUACUUUUUUUGACUUUUGACUAUGGGGCUAGGAUAGAAGGGAUCGUCACUCAUGUCUUGCUAUGUGAAACUCUGUAUAGGGUUUACUAUUAUCAUUUUUAAUAACCUGUUGUUAUGUGACAAUCCCUUUAAUGUUUUGUUUCAAAAGGAAAAAAAAAUCGAAUAAACAUUGGUGUUCAACUGAAGCUACGGUAGCGUUUGUUACACAAACACGAAAAUAACAUAAAAAAAACAUAUAUGCCAAAAUAUAUUUUAUAAAUAAUUUAAAAUGUAUAAUGAGAAUAUUUAAUGCUGUGUAGUUAUUUUAUGAGUAAGUUAUACUUGAAAUUAACUUGCUUUUUGUUCAUUUGUCUUUUGCUUUUAUAUGGAUCUUGAUUUUUUUUUUUCUUUUUUAUGAAAUUGGAUUUUUUGUUUUGAUUUGCUUAAUGUGUGAUCCCUGGCAACCGUUGACUUGCAGUCUACCUUGUUGUAAAGAGUUUCUUAUUGGUCAGUUCUUGUGCCAUCCAGUUUCUGUGUGGGCUACUAGAAAAUGUGGAAAAAAAAGACAAAAAAAAAGAAGAAAAAAAGCAAUCUCAGCACCAACAUUAGUGUGUCCGUUUGACAAGCUUAGAGUGAGAUAGCAAAAGAAACCAAAAAAAAAAAAAAAAAAAAAGAUGUAAACCCAACUGUGCUGACUGCAGGAUGUUGCUUAUCCUUAGCAUCUCAGGAGGAGAAAGCUGUUGCAGUUUCCCACCUUUAGCUCCAGCUUGUAACGCUGGACUUGAGUUCAAAUGAGCUCCUGACAUGCAGACUUGCUUUACUCAGCACUGCUGUCACCAUGUGCCAUCUGUGUUCAGCUGAUCUCCAAGACGAGGUAGAGACCGCAGCGAGUGGUAGACACAGGGCUCUCCCCUCCUAUGAGCACCACACAACAGACUGGGUGGAAUCAUGUCUGAACCAGCAAAGGUCCUGGAAGACCCACGCUGCACGCCAGCAGUGUGGCUUUAAUGUUUCUUUGCAGUGCACAGUAGUAUGUACAAUGUGGAAGUCGAUGAAUGAAAAUGGACAGAUUGCAUACAACACACUAGAUCCUGUGGCUGAAUGUUUUGCUGGUCUCACCCAUGCUUCUGGCAACAUAAAAAUCGGAAUAAUCACUGAAUGUAUACAGCAGCUUAUAAUUAAACUAUUAAAUGUG